CAACCCAUUCUGUCGAUACCGUCGCAGCAGUCAUAGAGUCCACACUGCACUGACCUGGAAAUGAGUCGUCAAGUCCUCCGGCCCGUAUGGCUGCUGGCCACUUGUGUGUUGUCGGUCCAGUGCUCGCUGCUUCCGUACGGUGAUACCGAGGGUCACAUUGCCACCCCCGGGCUGGACGAUGGUUCUGGCCCCUCCCUCAGUCUACAGCCGCCUUUCCGAUUUUAUGGAACAAACUACAGCACUGCUUUUGUAAACAAUGAUGGUUCUGUGACAUUCAUUAAGGCUGGAACAUUUCAAGACACAACCUCUGAUCCCGGAAAUACUCCAGCAGUGUGUGGCCUGUGCACUGACAUUGAUGUAACCGUAAGUGGAACCGUCUGGUACGUCCUCAGUACGGCUUCAGCAUUACGUCAAACUGUCGCCGAAGACGUCAGGCGAUACCAGGAGUUCCCGGCAGACUAUACGCCGUCCUGGGUACUGUUGGCGACGUGGGCCGAUGUUGCUACAUUUAAGUCAGAAGACAACAAGGUCGACACAUUCCAGAUCACCAUGGCAACUGAUGGCACGGCGUCAGUCGUGAUACUGUUCUAUGAAAGGAUAGAAUGGGUGUAUGAUAAUUCUGACUUUCUGGCUCUAUAUCAAGGCACAGAACCCUCCGUUCGUACACAGAGCGGCUUCUUAGCUGGUGACGGGAUGAAGUCGUACCUGCUGCCGGGAUCCAAGUCUGAUGAACUCAUCAACAUUACUAAACUGUCUAACGUUGGCGUUGCUGGCAAAUUCAUCUUCCGAGUUGACUCCGACAUCCUUCCCGUGCACCUCCCUGACACAACAAGUCAGUAUCUUUUACACUAA